AUGUCCACUCCCACUGCCGCCCCUGCUCCUAUCAUUACCGCCUUCCGAGUCUCCACUAAAAUCUGGGACGGUGCCUUCGAGGCCCACCCAGACUCGUUCGAGACCUGCGGGGUCCGGAACCAGCAGUGCCUCAUCGACUGGGCCGCCGGGAGACCGAAAUACUCUCCCAUGGUCACCUGGGUGCCGCCUCCUCGGGCCCUCGGGUCCCCGGGUCCCCUAGCUACUAGUUCCUGCUCACUCUGGCGCCAUUUCGCUCCCCUGGCAAGAAUUUCAAUACCCGGCUACGGGGUAUUACCAGUCUCUUCGCCUUUUCGGAUGACACUACGCCCCCAUAUGGCUCGAGUGGAAUAUUGUCGUGAGAGUCUUCUGAAGAAGGCAGAGCAGGAUCGCAAGGCCCUAGAGAAGGCCAUGGAACAGGACAAGAUGGAGAUCAAGAAACGAGACCUGGUCAUGCUGUUACAGGAGGGGAAGCCUCCCAAAUUUCGUGAACGGUGGACCGGUCCCUUUAUCGUGGGAGAGCCUGUGGGGCGUUCAGCCUUCCAGCUGUUGUUGCUGGAUGGAAAGCCGUCUUCACCCCAUGCAUACCACGUCAACCAGUUGAAGCCUUUCAAACCCAGAGAGGAACACCUACGGACCCCCAAGAACCUCGAUCUGCCCUAUUGGAGGCGCCUGAGGAGACUUCGCUAA